CCACUGCGCGUGCGCGCUGGGCGGACGGUUCCGGAGACGGAGCUCCCCGCCGCCUUCCGUCUCCCGCGACAGCAUGAAGACCGCCGAGGACGCCAGCGGUGCGCGCAGCGAGGGGCCGCGGGAGGUGGGCCUCUGCCUUCUCUGCGGUCUGCCGGCAGCAGGAAAAUCGACCCUCGCGCGGGCCCUCAGCCACCGGCUGCGCCAGGAGCGGGGCUGGGCCGUCGGCGUGAUCACCUAUGAUGACGUCAUGCCGGACGCGUUCCUGGAGCAGGCGAGCGCGCGGCCAUUGCCAUCGCAAUGGAAAUCGCUUCGACAGGAGCUGUUGAGGUAUCUGGAAUACUUCUUGAUGGCUGUCACAAACACGUGUCCGAUGUCUGCCCCACCCAACAGGACCGCAGCCAUGUGGGAGGAUUUUAUAACCUGCUUGAAGGAUCAAGAUCUGUUAUCUUCUGCUGUGCUGGAAACCCAGUCUUGCUACCUCUUAACGAAGACUGCUGUUUCUAGACCUUUGUUUUUGAUUUUAGAUGACAACUUUUAUUAUCAAAGUAUGAGAUACGAAGUCUACCAACUGGCUCGGAAAUAUUCAUUAGGCUUCUGCCAGCUCUUUUUAGACUGUUCUCUCGAGACCUGUUUGCAGAGGAAUGAUCAGAGACCCCAGGCUCUGCCUGCCGAGACCAUCCACCUGAUGGCAAGAAAGAUAGAAAAGCCCAACCCUGGGAAAAAUGCUUGGGAACACAACAGCCUCACAAUUCAGAGUACGCCGUGUUCUUCUGAGGCCAGCCUGAAGUUGACUGAUUUAUUGCUUACUGCUUUGGAGAAUCCAGUAAAAUAUAUUGAGGACAAUGUGGAACAAAAGGAAACAGACAGAAUCAUUUGUUCAACUAAUGUUCUGCAUCAAGCCGACCAGACGCUCCGAAGGAUUGUCUCUCAGACGAUGAAAGAGGCCAAAGAUGAACAAGUGCUUCCUUUCAACUUGAAGCUCCUAGCAGAGGAACUCAACAGGCUCAAAGCAGAGUUUUUGGAGGACCUAAGACAAGGAAACAAAAAAUACCUGUGCUCUCAGCAAACCAUCCACAUAUCAGAUGUUAUUUCUUUUUUUCAUUAUGAGAAAGACAACAUUGUCCAGAAAUAUUUUUCAAAGCCGCAUUAAAACUUCUGAACUUCCAA